AUGGACAUAAGAGGCUGCACCUGGCUGCUGCUGCUGCUGCUCCUGCAGGGACAGAGCCACCAGCCUCUACGGAGAUCCAAGAGAAGAUGGGUUCUCACCACCCUAGAACUGGAAGAGGAAGACCCAGGGCCCUUUCCCAAACUAGUUGGGGAGCUGUUCAAUAAUAUGUCAAAUAAUGUGUCACUGAUGUACUUGAUCAGAGGACCUGGCGUGGAUGAAUUCCCAGAGAUCGGUUUAUUCUCUAUAGAAGACCACCAGAGUGGAAAAGUGUAUGUCCACCGACCUGUCGAUCGAGAAGCAACGCCGUCUUUUAUGGUUUACUUUGAUGCUGUGGAUCGAUCCACGGGAGAAGUUGUGGACGAAUCCCUCAUUUUCAACAUUAGAAUCAGAGAUGUGAAUGACCACGCACCCCAGUUUGCUGAGAAGGAAUUUAACAUCACUGUGAAAGAGAGCCAAGCUUCAGGUCAACCUAUUUUUCAGUUGUUAACGGUCGAUUUGGAUCAAGAAAACACUCCAAAUUCUCAAGUCCUUUAUUUCCUCGUUUCUCAAACACCAUUACUGAGAGAAAGUGGCUUUCGAAUUGAUCUCAUCAGUGGGGAAGUACGACUCUCGGGAUGCUUAAAUUAUGAGACUGCUCCUUGGUUUACUCUGGUAAUCAGAGCCACAGAUUGUGGAGAGCCAUCCCUGUCAUCCACAGCCAUCAUUCACAUCAGUGUGGAAGAAGGCAACAACCACAUGCCCACAUUUAUGGAAAACCAUUACAGGAUUCAGAUUUCUGAAGGUCAAGUCGAAUGGGGAGUGUUGUAUCUUCCUGUUCAAGACCAAGAUUCACCAUUUACAGCAGCUUGGAGAACACAGUUCCACAUAUUGGGUGGCAAUGAGGAGGAGCAUUUUGACAUCAUGACUGACCCUGAGACCAACCAAGGAGUAUUAAAUGUUAUCAAGCCUUUGGAUUAUGAAACUCAAGCAGCCCACAGCCUCAUCAUUGUCGUGGAGAAUCAGGAGCAACUCUUCUCUUGUGAGGAAGGCCAGCCACAGCCAUCCACAAAGGCGAUGGCCAGUGCCACUGUGAGCAUUCACGUGGUGGACACCAAUGACCCACCAGCCUUUCACCCCAGGAGCUUCAUCGUCAGUGAGGAGGAUGGAGCCAGGCCCGGCAUCCGGCUGGGAGCUUUCAAUGCUACAGACCCAGACAGGGUCGCUAGCCAGAUAAGAUACAAACUGGUUCAUGAUCCAGCAGAUUGGAUGAUCGUGGAUGAAAGAUCAGGAGUUGUCACCACCAAGAGGCAAAUAGACCGAGAGUCCCCUCAUGUGAAUGACAGCUUUUACACAGUCACUGUCCAUGCAGUUGACAAUGGCCUCCCGCCACUGACUGGCACAGGGACCCUGGUGCUUUACCUAUCUGAUGUCAAUGACAAUGCUCCAUCUCUCCAAUCCCAUUCAAGAUACUUGGAGGUCUGCGAGUCUGCCAGGGACAAGCCCCUGCUCUUAGAGGCUGAGGACUCAGACCUGCACCCCUACUCUGACCCCUUUACUUUUGAUUUGGACUCUGCCCAGAGAGAUGUAGAAGAUACUUGGAUGCUGAGGACAAAGCAAGGUGAAGGCCGCUCUGCUGAGCUCCUAAUGCUGAGGAGCCUCCCUCCUGGGGAUUACUUGGUGCCAUUAUUCAUAGCAGACAGACAGGGCCUCACCCAGAAGCAGACGGUCCACGUGAGGGUCUGCUCCUGUCCCAGUGGAUCUGAGUGUGAGAAUCGCUCAGACGUGCGGCUCCUGUGGUGGGCCCUGUCCCCUGUUUGUGCAGCGCUUGCGGUUCUGGCAGCUGCUCUGCUUUGCCUGCUGCGGUGCCACUUUGCAUUUGGACCCAAGAGGCUCAGAGGCUCCAUCCCAAGUGAAAAUGGCCACCAGACACUGAUUGUGUACAAUGAGGAAAGCAAAGCCCUUUCAGCCCAGGGUCACGGCAUGUUCUUUGAGCCAAGAGGCAUGAGAAACCGAUCUUCCACCCCGGUCUAUCUGGAUCCCUUGGUACCCAGAUGCCCCCUGCAACUGAUGGAAGGAAGGGUGGUGGAGACAUGGAAUCAGAAGCUCCACGCUGUUGAUGUUCUGGACAGCGACACUGGCUACCAACCUCAUGUCUACAGAGAGGAGGGAGAGUAUGAAGGAGCUGAGACCCUCAGCUCUCUGACCGUCUUGGAGCAGGACCUCUCCCCUGAGUUGCCAGACUGCUUGACUUAAAAAUCUCCUCCAUCUGAAACAAUGUGUUCUGAAUCAAGAGUCCCCUCAUAA